ACUCCUUUCCACUUCUGUGGGCGCGGUUUUAGUUGAUUGUGCUGUUCGAAUUUUUGUGUAUGGAUUUGUCGUGGUUAUAAUUUAAGAAUAUUGCUAUUUCCCUGUUCACCUGCGGGAAUAAUGAUAAUAUUUUACGUAAACAUUUAAUAUACCUGAUAUAAUUAUUAUUACUUUCUCUGCGGUUCCACUUGACAGCAUCAUGUCGGAUCCCGACUUCAACGAGUUGCUCCAAGCAGCCGAGCAGUUGUCGGCUGAAGUGGAGGGGACCACAGAGCUCCCCAAAGUGGAGCGCACGCUGCGACAAGUCCUCGAAGCCUCCAACGAACUGUGGUCGCGAGUGGCUCAGUCUGGCACCGGGACUGAAGACGUUCAAGCACACCUGUUGCUUGGUUCGAAAGGUGUGGACCUACCUCAGCUGUCUCAGAAACUUGAGACGAUAAGUUCACGCAAGACUUUCGAGCCCUUAGAGCCAGUUCCUGAUGUGGACAUUAAGAGUUUUUUGAAAAAUGAACAAGAAAAUGCUCUCUUGGCUGUAAUAGAAGAAGUCCAUAGAAAAACUUUUGAAGAAGUUGAGCAGCAGCAAAUAAAUCGUAUGUUGGAUGAUUGGAAGAAGGACAAAAGCAGAAUCCUGAACUCGCUUCUUGGCACAUCGGAGGAUUUGUUUAAUGUCGAUGUUCUCCGUGAGAAAUCCGUUAAUGCAGAUGCAGAAUCUAGAACAAUAAGAAGUUCACUGGACCAUCAGGAAAUGGCAUAUGCCAAGCAAAUUACAGAAUACAACAAGUUGGUUAUCCAAGGAGUUGUUCGCCCCUCUUUGGUUGACAAAUUUUUUGAAGUUGCGGAAUCAUUGAAUGAUAAGAAAACUGUUGAACUGUGGGAGGUUGUUCGGUACAUGACCCAAAUACCAGUCCAGAUGUCUGACAAUCCACUUGCGGCACGUAACACGAGUGAGGUCCAGGCUGCCCUGAUCCUUCAAGCUAGGAAAUACCUUCAGGACAGGUACAAGGUCUUCAUGAGCAACGCGGUCUCGGGCAGCAUGCUGCAGGCCCGUCGGGGCGGAGUGCCCGGCACGUACCCGCUGGUGCUGGGCUUCGUGAGGGUCCACGUGCCGUCCUCGGUGCUGGGGCUGGAGGACGGGCUGGUGGACGGCCUGCCUGUGUGGCCCGUCGUCUUCUACUGCCUGCGCUGCGGCGACGUGGAGGCGGCGCUGUUCGCCGCCAGGCAGGCGGGACCAGCACUUGAGGAGUUCAGCACUAUCCUGGAACAAUUUCAAAAAAGUCGUGACUUCAGGUUAAGUUCUCAGCUGGAGACGCUUGUAAGGAUCCAGUAUCGUCGCCAAACUAGGAACAUAACAGAUCCUUUCAAGAGGGCUGUUUACUCUGUGAUUUCUGCGUGCGACGUCCAUGACAAGCACUCUGAAGUUGCAAAAGCAGCGGAAGAUUAUUUAUGGUUCAAACUGUGCCAGAUACGAGAAGACAGCGUGGAGCAGCAGUCCGAAUCAUCGCUGGGGGAUAAGAUUACAUAUUCACAGCUUCAGACUUUGAUCAUAGAAGAAUAUGGGGAGAGUUACUUCAGCGCUCAGAGCCAACCGCAUCUGUACUUCCAAAUGCUGUUUCUGACGGGCCAGUUUGAAGCAGCGAUAGAGUUCCUGGCGCGCACAACGAAACUGAAAGUGCACGCGGUCCAUGUUGCCAUCGCGCUUCACGAGCUGGGACUGCUGGCCGUCCCCAACACACCACAGUCCGCCUUGUUGAUUGUGCAACCCAGUGAUGUUCCACCUUCAAAGAGACUUAAUUUUUCUCGUCUCAUCGUGGUGUACGUGCGCAAAUUUGAAGCAACAGACUUCAGAGAAGCCCUUCACUAUUACUACUUCUUAAGGAACGUUAAGAAUGAAAACGAAGGAAACUUGUUCGCGACGUGCAUUUGCGACUUGGUGCUGGAAACACACGAGUUCGACACACUACUGGGUUGCACCAAGCCAGACGGUUUCCGCGUGCCUGGACUUGUCGACAUGUUCUUUGAGACCGAGUCAGACACCCGAGCUCUUAUUGAACUCGUGGCAAGUGAUGCAGAGAAGAAAGCUUUGUUCGAAGUUGCGGUCAAGUUAUAUGAUUUAGCUGGGAACACAGAGAAGAUGCUGACCCUGCUGGUUUCGUUGAUGUCGCAAGUUGUCAGCCAAGCACAGAAGCCAGACUCGUUGAGGGCUCGCUUGCAAGAACACGCAAAGAACGUCUCCGAUCGCACGAGGAGCAGCGACCUCCACUGUCGACCUGAAUUAACGGUCACAUUCUCCAUCAUGAAGGAACUUUUCAUGUUCUUUGAUUAUUAUCAUUCUCAGCACUUUGACUUGGCUAUGGAGGUAAUCCAGAGCUCUAAGCUCAUCCCAACUUCUGAAAGUGAGGUUCCUGAAUGCUCCGACAACUUCAAGCGACUCUCCGACGAGGUGACUCGAGUCAUCCCUGAUGUUCUGUUGGCAACUAUGAACAUAUUGUGCAGCCAGUACUCCAAACUGAGGGGCAGUGGCAGUGAAAUGCAAGGAAGAAAAUUUGAAGAUGUUUCAAAAGAUAAAUUUUGUUCCUCCUUAACAGCAGUUACUGCUUCUGCGACAACGUGCCCGGGCUAUCACGAGUUUUGCUGGCCACAUCCCGUAUUGCAUGCCUGGCGAGACCAUCAGCAAGCUGGUGCAGAUGGAAGCUGUCUUACAUUGAGUUGCAAACUGGAAGGAUGAAUAUUCUGCUCAAAGAUUUAUUGUAUUUUCUUUUAUAAAAGUAUUGUAAGUUUACAUUAAAAUAAAUAAAUCAAAUCGAAGUUCA